AUGGAAAACAUCAAGUUGGGGUUUAUUGGCCUAGGGAAGAUGGGAUCUGCUUUAGCCCAUGGUAUAGCCAAGUCUAAGAUUAUUCAGGAGAAGAAUAUUUACUACCAUUCACCAUCGAAAAAAAAUACGCCCUUGAAUUACUUAAGGUCCAAUAUAGAGCUUGCCCAAGUGUGUGACAUAAUUGUUUGUGCUGUAAAGCCAGACCUUGCAAAUGAAGUACUAUCUGAUAUUAAGGGAUAUCUAAAGUCCAAGUUGCUUAUUUCCAUUUGUGGAGGGUUAAAUAUAGAAUCGCUAAAACAGAUGGUAGGUUCAGAGAUCAAAAUUGUGAGAAUCAUGCCAAAUACCCCGUGUUUGAUUGGACAAGGUGCAUUCAUUUUUUGUGCAAACAGUUGUGUAAACGAUACGGAUAAAAAAUAUGUAAUAGAUCUUUUUAAUUCAUGUGGGAUUAUUCACGAAAUAAAGGAAAAGGAUAUGGAUAUAGGCACAGCGAUAUCUGGAUGUGGACCUGCAUAUGUUUUUUUAUUUAUUGAAAGUUUAAUUGAUGCAGGUGUAAAAAAUGGGCUAAAUAGAGAUUUAGCAAAAAAAUUGGUUUUACAAACAAUAAGUGGAUCAACGCAGAUGGUUCUCUCAUCAGACAUACCCAUUCAACAGCUUAAGGAUGACAUAUGUUCACCAGGUGGGAUUACAGCAGUAGGAUUGUUUACCCUCGAGAAACACGGUUUCAAAUAUGGAGUAAUGGAUGCAGUAGAUAGUGCGUGCCAAAAGUCCAAGUCAAUGCACUGA